GUGGUUGGUGUAUCUGCUGUGCUUGGCACGGGACUGGAUGAUUUUUUUGCUCAGCUUUCUAAAGCUGUAGAUGAAUAUGAGAGAGAAUAUCGUCCAGAAUAUGAGCGCCUGAGAAAAACACUGGAGAACGCUCAAAAUAAACAAAAGAGAGAGCAGCUGGAACACUUGUGGAAGGACAUGGGCGGUGUGUGUGUGCAGGGCAACACACUUGCAGGGUCUGAUGAUGCUUCUGCAAUGGGUCCCUCUGAGCUCAUCCUAACACGAGGAACUCUUGAUGAAGAAGAGAGGGAGAGUGACACUGAUGACAUUGACCAUGAAGUUACUGAGGAGAGUCACGAAGAACCAGCCUUCAGAAACUUUAUGCAAGAGACACGAAUGAAAUACCAGAGAAGAAGCAACCCGAGUGAAUGAGACCUUCAGAAACAGAGGGUUUGGAAUCAUUUGUAAUGGAGUUAAAAGUAAAGGAACAAUAUAAAGAAACUUGC